AUGAAGCAAUCAAGAAAAUCUGCCAAAGUCAUCUUUCAAGGAUUGAAGGAGUUGGUUAAGUUUGGAAAGUUUACUGAAGUUGAAGAUAUUGUUGCUGCUAGUUCCAUUAAUGUUGAGAUUGCCGAGGAACACGUGGCACCUCAAUCAAAAUUUCAAUUUUCAUUUGAAGAGGUUGAAAUAUCUGAUGACGAAGAAGAAAAGGUUCAAGAAAAGGAUAUGACUGAGAAUGAACUUGAAGAUUUUCUACAAAGUUUCUCAAUCCCUGAAGAGCAUGUGGUUGUCACACUUUCUGUUGUGACUGAAAGAGAUCAUGACUCAACUGUACAGUCUUAUACACCUACUUCUGAACAGGUGGAUGCUCUUAUUGCUGAACUUCAACGAACUGCGAGGAAGCCUACCCAAACAGUUCCUGUUACAACUAAACCUCCAUCUGAGAGUGAUCAAGAAGAUUUAUCUCACGUUCUACUCCCGAAGAAAAGAAAAAGAAGAGAUCCAAGACCUGGAGUGCUUAUCACAGACCUUGUUCAAACUGCUUCUACUCCGAUUGAAUCUAGUUUUGUGGCCUAUAAUAUUGAAAGCACUAUCACUGAGUCCUCUCCAGUGAUACAAGAGAUUUCAAGCACGUUACAUGGAUCCACUUCUAUGGAUCAGGAUUUUGAAUGCCCUAUUGUUGAACAAGAAGUUUUACCUUCAAACAGAGUUUUUGAUUUAGAACAGAGCUCAGCUAAAAAGGAUUUGAUUAUUGGAAAGCAGGAAAUUAGAAUAAGUGAUCUUGAAAAGGAGAACUCCAUUAAAGAUGCGAAGAUUUCAGAACUUGCAAAUCUUGGUGGUUUAAAUGUCUUAUUCUUUGACCUGAAACAGCGUUUACAUCAAAAGUUUGGUGAUGAUUUUCAACCUCUAAGCGUUGAAGGAGAAAAGCUUUCUACUUCUAGUUCUGGCCCAAUCAAUCCAUCUUCUCAACCUACAAGUGAAAGAGUUGUAAGACCUACUCCGGAUGCAAUUCUUGAUAGAUUUUUAUCUUCUGGUCCUUCUUCUGCUCAUCAUGAGAGAGAGAGAGUUCAUUAA